ACCGGUACUAGUUUUAUUUUGUUGUAUUUAUCUGCGACACCUUAAAGGCCGGUCCGUGAAAAUAUUGUCGGGCAUAAACCGGUCUGUGACGCAAAAAAGGUUUGGGACCGCUGAUUUAAAGCAAACCAGUUCACUGAGUGCAUCAUUUGUCCAGUGGAGGUCCUGAAGUCUUAAAGCCUGUCUCCAUUUUUCAAAGGCUGUCGAGCAUGGCUUUUUAAAUAAAGGUCACAUAGAUGCAUCAGAUUCCAAGAAAGAUUAUCUUAUAGAUUCACCGCUGUCAGUAUUUACUGACUCAUCAUUAUAAAAGUACCUCUUACUCUGUAAUUUACAGUGUUGAUUAGGUGAAAGUUAAAUUAAAGAAUCUUUGAGAAAUUGGUGAUGGGGCUAAAGAGAUUUAUUAUCUUAAAAUUAUUAUAAGUGUCUCUUAUCCAUACAUCUAAGGUUGUUCCAUCCAUUCAUUUUAUUUCUGUCUGCUUAUAGCACAUCAAGGAGUAUUUUCCAAAAUCGAGGGGAAAAAAGAGCAGCUAUAUUUCAGACAGAAAGCACGUAGGCAGAAACAACAGCGUAUUUGUGCCUACCUCUCAUACAUAAUGCCAUGUUUAGCCGCCAGAAACAGACAAUGCAGAAAACAAUAUGUCACAAUUAAAUUCAUUUGAAAUAAAUCAAGUAGUUUUCUUAACUGACACAUAUUUAAACUGUGCCACUUAAAUUAAAGUCAUCACUGGUAUUAUUCCAUACAUUUAUUACAUCAACAGAAAACCUCUCCCCCCCUUUCUUUUAAAUUAGUUCUUAUCUUGACUUAAAAAAAGGCAUAUUCAUCCUAAUUCAUAAUUGGUUGUUAUUAACUGGGACAUAUCCCGGACACCUUGAGCUUUUUUACUUUAAACACAAUCAGCAUAAUUUUGAAGUUUUACCCUUGUAGUAGUGAAGCUGUUGAUCAAUUUGGGGAUGUUCCCCCCCCCCCAAGAUGAAAUAGAUGGUCCUCGUUAAAGGGCACAGUCGUACUUAAAGCUCACAGAUUGCAGAAAUUUACUCCUACAUCUGUCUUCCUGAACUGUCUGAACAAAAUGUUACUGAAUGACACUGGCAGUGCUUCAGUUAUAGCCUAGCCACACUUUUACUUUAUAAAAUAGCACCAAAUAACCACAUGCAGCCGAAGCUUUGACCCUGACCUCUUUUAAGGUGAAUAAACUUAACAAGAUGACAUUGUUAUUCUUAGACACAGGAGAGGAAAUAUAACACAAUUCUGGCCAACACACUACUGCAGGAUUCACAGCCGGCAAAGAGUUUGCACAUUUCAGGCCAUGGUUCACCAUUUGAGUGUAUGCAGGCAAGCGUGUGACGACUGUAAUUAAGCCAUCACAGCCAGGUCAUUAAUCACACCCUUAAUCCAGCCUUUCAGAUGGCUUCCUGUAGGCUCACUGCCAAUCCAAUUAAUGGAAAAUUAAUGAUGAAUUAUAUCUUAUCCUCAGUCUGGAUAACACAUUUGCCUGAAGCUUUUUUUUUUUUUCCGUGAUCCAUGUUUAUUAAUAUUUUGUCACACAGUGCAUAUAAACAGUAGGUUUAUAGGUGUGUGGAGCCCAGUGACUCUUGGUCACGGCCAAUUUUUACCCUAAAGUCAAACUAAAAUAAUCUAAAAAUUAUUAUUCAUGAAUGAAAUCAAAAGCUUGGAAUUUAUUCAAACUCUACAACAUCAGUAAGAAGUUCCAGAUGUGUUUGAUAUAUUUUUGAUGUUUCCUGGCACAGUGACAAAUGAUCUGAAGGAUAGAUGGACGGGUGCCUUGAAUUAUGCCUUUAUUUAACAAUGAGAAUGUCAGUGUGUAGCACAGUGAAAAUCCUUUCAUCAUUUCACGAAGAUCUCUCGGUAAAGAGGCAACUAUGAGAUGGUACGUUAAUGUUUAAAACAGUUAUGGAAAAAAAAUAACAUGAAAUUUCUCUCUAGGGUAUAUUUGUCUCUUUGUAAAAUUAAUCACACAUCAGGAAAAAAGCUGUUUUCCCAUAUACUUCCAUAGGACUGGAAGUCUUUUUGCACUGGGUAAAUUGUUCCAACCUCAACAAUUAAACUAUGUUUUAUUAUGUCUAGAGGGUAAAUUAGAGAAAAAACAAUGUUCUCUUAACAUGGCAUCCUUGGGUAAACAUAAAUGUCAGCUUGUUAGCUCAAAGCAUUGUCCCGUGACGCGUAUUUUAACUGGCACUUGUCCUUUAUAUGAAUCUUUUAAAGACUACCAAUAUGAGUUCAGCGCUUCCAAACCGCCUUUUUUUUAUUUGUUUGUUUUUAGGUUAAAGGAGUGGUGACUAUUAAAGAAACAGGCGGUCAAAGUAAAUUCUCCUGAGCCUGUUUUGAUGUCAUGGAGAUUUGAUUAAGACCACAUGAAAGACUUUUUCGUGGAAAUGCUAAUAAUUCACAGAAAUCUGAAUCAAGCAGUUUAGUUAAUCAAAUGCUAUGCUGGGUUUUUUUCUUCUGAUCACUCAAGAUGUUUGGAAACCGCUUAAUCUUGAUGAUAUAAUAUGUUGCAAGAGAAGUUCAGCGAUGAGAUAAGGGGCAUGAAAUACUAUUUCAAAUGAAUUUAAACUCAUAAAAAAGAAACAAGUAUAAAUAGCUCAGGAUUUCCUAACUUCAUUUAAUGUAAUUGUUAGCAUUUUAUUCUGGACUGGACCUCUGGGAAGUGGUACAUCACUCCAGGGUGUCCUGUCACGCUGCUUAGCACUGAUUUGUCCUAAAAGAUUAAUCCUUUAUUAUAGAGAUGGGGACUUAUACAUACUGGGGACAACUGCUGGAAAAUAUACUUUCAGGAUGAAGUCUGAAUGGUUGAAGUACGAACAAAGGAUGGUUUGUGUGUCACUUGCAUGCAAACUGCGUGUCUCCUGGUUCAUAUCCUCUGAUGAUACACACAAGAUGCUAAUUUUGAGAAAGACGCUUAACUUUGAGACUGCCCUUUAGGUAGCAGCCUUAGGUAACUGUAACUGCCAAGUAUUUAGAGGUCACAGCAUUCUAAGACAUUCUGCUAUAUCUAAUGUCGUCAUCCACACUUGAAGAGCUUGACAAUCAGCCUUUUUCUUCUUUACUACAACACCAAUAAAAACUUGGCUCCAAUAAGCACAUGAUGAGAUGGUGACAGUAAGAGAGACCGUGGAUCCACACAACAAAGUAAAAUUCCCAAUUGUUAUUUAUAAUGUUUACACAAGAAGUGAUUUAUAUAACCUUAAAUUAAAGCAGGGAUGGAACUGAAACUAAAUGGUAAAGAAAAAAGGAGAUGUUCCUUAAAAUAGUAGAUAUGAAAGCAACAGGGGUGAUGAAAAAUGUAACAAUAUUGUAACAAAAUAAACUAACAAAAAAGAGAGUUAACUUAUUCUGACCUAACUAUGAUUGAACUGAGAUUAAAACAAAAUCAAGAGGUUUGGGGAGGGGGUCAAAAUAAUACAAAAGCACCUGAGCUGCCAUUAGUGCUAAAUUAAUAUUGAUACUUAUGGAUUGCAGUUAUAGGGAUUUUUUUAUGAUAUAGUAGUGAGGACAGUGUUUAAUGAUUGUAAUGGUUAUACAAAAAACCCUUAUUGAAGAUUUAAGAAAUCAAAUCUAUUUAUCACGGCUGCUAUGUCUUAAGUAAAACAGCACAUGAUAUCACAUCAUAAUAGGCCUUUUUCUCCAAGUGUUUCAAAACCACCCCCAUGACUUGACAUUUAUUGAUGUCAAGUCAUACAUUUUGUGUUUAUUUAUUCUAAAUUGAUCUGUAGCUCAAAAUUUGGCAUACACAGAGGCAAUAAUACUGUGGAGGCAUGAAAUAUAACCAAAAUGCAAGAGUUAACCGGUAAUGUUACAAAGGAAGGCUGCUUAAAUGUACAAUUACCACCCCUCUCCUUACCCUGCCUCCAACCAAAAACUGAAUACCUGCACAAAAUGACAUUUAUUCAGUUUUGAGUUGCAUAAAAAAAAUCAGUCAAUUAAACUAAUCCCCUAAAUUAGAUUUUCAACAAUUAGGUUUACAUCAUAGCUGCCAUAAAUUAACAGUAUUUAAUUUUUUAACAGUAUUUCGAAUGACCAGAAUCAUUCUGUAAUCGUUCAUUCAUCAGUAUGCACAAGCUGUUUAUUCAAAUUUAUUAUUUUUAAUGCCAAAAUAUAAUUAGUGUUGUUGUCCACAAAUGUUCAAAUUAAUUGCUUUACAAAUAUGCUGAUAAAAAACAGUAAAGCACACUUUUGGAUUAAGAUCACACAUUACAAAUAUUUACUUGCACUCCUAAACAGAUAAAUAUUGUUUUAGCUGUUGUUUCAGUUGUACAGCACACUAGUGUGCCGGCUCACGUUUGGAUAGAAAAACAUGAAUUUAGCUUUGUGAAUUCAGUCAUCUUUACUUGUUUUAAAGUAAACACUACUGGCCAGUCAUUAGUGGCCAGUAGUGCCACCCAUUGCCAAAACUAACUCAGCCCCAUGAGCUGCCCGAGGCCUUUACUAGACAGAAUAGGAAAAGCCAUUCUGUAAUCUCUUUAAAACACUCCCUUCUUUUUCCUCCUCCCUUGUCUUUCUCUCCUCCUCGCCGAGUCUUGCUCAGACCUUCACAUGCAAAAUAAAGCUGUGUGGCGCUUGAACUCUUUGCUCAGCUAUGCAGUAGUGAAGAGGAUUAACUCAAGCCAAGCGCCAGUUUUGGCAUUUCAUCCAUCCCUUGGCAGACGGAGAGAGACUACCAAAAGCUACCUCUUUGCCUCUCUUCAUCUAAAUCUCCUCUUUACUUCCUUUCUGUUCUCUUUUUCUCCUUCUGUCCUUUACCCCCUCAUUUUCAAUUAUGACUCUGUUAUCAGAAGAUCAGUCUGUGAGGCCCCAACACUGCCGGAUCUCUGAGCCUGGCAAACACAUCAGCACUUCUCUGCACCAGGACUCAACAGACUGCAAUGGUAGCAAUGUGGACUACGUAGACAGUGUGGAAGACUCUGUCUUUGGAGCUGUGGAGCCUCACAGGCGCUCUCGGGGGCGCCUUAUUCUCCACGGCCUGGUCAUGUUUGGAAGGGAAUUCUGCUAUGCCGUGGAGGCAGCUUUUGUCACGCCGGUGCUCCUGAGUGUGGGCCUGCCCCAGAGUCUGUACAGCUUGGUGUGGUUGAUCAGCCCCAUCCUGGGCUUCCUGCUCCAGCCCAUCAUCGGUUCAGCCAGCGACUAUUGCCGCUCGCCGUGGGGCCGGCGGAGGCCUUACAUCCUGGCACUGGGCAUCCUCAUGCUUGUGGGAAUCACCCUGUUCCUUAAUGGAGAUGCUGUCAUCUCAGCACUCGUCAGAGAUAGGUCUCUGAAGAGCAUAUGGGCCAUCGUGGUGGUGAUGUUUGGAGUCGUGCUGUUUGACUUUGCUGCAGACUUCAUCGAUGGACCCAUCAAGGCCUACCUGUUUGAUGUAUGUUCACAUGAAGACAAGGAAAGAGGCUUACACUACCAUGCUCUCCUCACAGGCCUGGGCGGAGCAUGUGGUUACCUGGUGGGAGCUAUGGACUGGGGUCACUCCGCGUUGGGCCGUCUCUUUGGAUCCGAGUACCAGGUCAUCUAUUUCUUCUCAGCGCUGACCUGGGGCAUCUUCCUCACUGUGCACCUCUUCAGUAUUCCAGAGCAACCUCUGGGCAAGGCACCAUCUCCAUCUGAUUCACCAUCCAGCCCUCUUCGCCUGCUGAGCUCUCAUAGCAAUAGUUAUGGAGCACUUAAGGAGCCUGUCUCUCCUGUAGUCUCUGCAUCUGUCACAGAUCUCAGGCCCAGAUCUUUCUCAGCCCUGGGAGAAGCCAAUUCAGUGACCUCAAGUGUCAAACAGCCAAACAAAGAGGACCAGAAGAAGAUGACGUUCAGGUUGCUGAUAAAAGCUAUUGUCAAUAUGCCAAGUCACUACCGCUGCCUGUGUGUCAGCCACCUGCUGGGAUGGACAGCGUUCCUCUGCAAUAUGCUUUUCUUUACCGAUUUCAUGGGACAGAUUGUGUAUAAGGGGAAUCCGUACGCCGAUCACAACUCUACCGCCUAUGCCACAUAUGAGAGGGGAGUAGAAGUUGGCUGCUGGGGAUUGUGCAUUAAUGCAGUGUCCUCUGCUCUCUACUCAUGGAACUCCCUUAGCAUGCUUUUGCCAAGGCAUCCUGACCUGCGUUAUUCUGAACACAUGUGCAGCGCUUCCUCCUCUCAUACAUCGGGCUGAAGGGAUUAUAUUUUAUGGGCUACCUUGUGUUUGGAUUGGGCACCAGCCUGAUUGGCCUUUUCCCCAACAUCAUAGCAACGCUCGUCCUCUGCAGUGUGUUUGGUGUCAUGUCG